AUGGCUUCGUGCCUCGUCCCGGAGUUCCCGGCCGUCCUGGUGGCUCUGGAGCAUCUGAAGGAGCUGGACAAGCAGCUGAAGGAGGACGGGGUACCCUUCUCCCCUGAAGCCAGCCUCCACCUGAUGGAGAUCACUGCAGCCAUCACUGGACUGGAGGCGGACCGGCGUGCUGCUCAUGAGCAUUUAGAAGUGGAAACCAUAGAAAACAGCAAGUUGAGACAUCAAAUUAACAAUAUAAGAGAAAGAAUGAGCCAGGAAAUGAUGGAAGACGUGGCGGCAGCCCGGGCGUCCAAUGCUGAGGAGAUAGAGCAGCUGCACAAAGACCUCGACUCAGUGUCUCAGCUGCAAGAAGCCACUGUGAAGAGGCAGGAGACACUCCUGAGCCACAACGAAGCGCUGUACCCGGAGCGAGAGCGGGCGAAGGCUGAGCAUGAAGAGAUCAUUGCUGCUCAGAACGAGCAGAUCACCUUGAAGUAUGGCUUGCAGAGGGAGCUGGAUGAGACGCAGGACCGGAUAGAGGAGCUGAAGUCCUGCAUCGCGGCUGUCGAACAGGACAAAACGGCACUGCAGCAAAGGAUGGUGCUGAAGAGAGAGGCUUUCUCUGUGAAAAAAGACAACCUGUCCAGAGAGGUCGACCAGGCUGAGGGUAAAAUUAAGCACCACAAGCAAUCGAUCAGGAGUAGCAGGAGGGAAUUGGACAGACUUGAUGACAAGAAACGGGAAAUCCACGACCAUCUGGGCGACCUCAUGAUGGACAUGGCCAAGGUGGAGAGCAAUUUACGAAGAAUGGCAGCAUCUCGGUGCCAGUGCGAGAAACAUUUGCAGGGGGAAACGCAAAAGCAUCACGAAUUGAGGCAACAGAGAGAAACGAUGAAGAAGGAGUUGCGCGAGUUAGGGGAAGCCUUCUGCGUUGCCGUCCAGCGUCUCAAAGAGGAAAUUGCCGAGGUUGAAGGUAAAAUAGAGGAGGGUCGAGCUUCAAGAUUACUCUCUCAGGACUCCCUGGCUCAAAUCUAUAAGAUAUUCAAGCAUCAGCGUGAUGAAGAGAACGAAGUAAGGGCGGAGCAUUUCCAUGUCUCGCAGCAGCUGGAGCGAUCCAAGCUGCAGCUGGAGGAGCGCAUCUCCUCCGUAGUCAAACACAGCAAAGAUAUCAAAGAGAUGGAGAAGCAGAUCAGAGAUCUCCUGGAAGCUGACACAAUCACCAAGCGUGUGUUUGAGAGGAACCAGGAAGAGCUGUGCGAUACCGUUGAUACGGAGAAGAAGAACAUCAGUCAUUUUGAGGAGGAGAAGAGGCGGCUAACGUUGCUGUUGGAGGAGACGAAGAGGAAACAGGAGGAGCACGUGGUGAAGAUGACCUCAGAUAUCAGCAACACCAGGAAGAGAUACCAGGAGCUUCGACAAGAGGAGACCGCACUCCAAAAGCGUCAGCCCAAGAGCGCAAGUGCUGACUUGCUGACGAGCCAUGUGACCCAGUGUGAGGUGGAGUACAGAAAAAAAGAGACCCAACACCAUGAGGAAAUAGAGCAGUGCACCACAGAGACCAUGAGCAUCACGAGGAGCCACGAGGAGAAGCAGAGGGAGUUGGAGGAGCAAGAGGAGAUGCUGAAGGAGGUGGUUGCAAAGUGGAAUGAAGAGCAGUCCAGGCAUCAGAGACUGAAAACGCUGACCUCCGAGCUCAGGAGGAAGAGAAACGAUCUGGAGCUGUCAAUUCACGGGCUGAAGGAGAGAACGGGCUCUCUGCUUCAGCCCAAAGAGGAAAUGAAGACCAAGCUGGAGGAGCUGCGAGAGAGUUACAUGGACGUGCUGGAUAAACAGGCCUCAGAGCUGAGAGCUGUAGAGAUGAGCAUCUAUGACAAUAGUGUGAAACUGGAGCAGGUCAGCGUGGAGAACAGCAGGCUGCAACUCUGUAUCAGACAGAUGACAGAGGAUGUCAACGGAGCCAGAGAGGACAAAGACCGAUACCGGCAGGAGGUUCACUGGUUCAAGCGGAACAUAAAGACCUUGUUUGAGAGCUUACAGGAUGCAUGGAAAGAGGAUUUGUUGGUAACUGGGGACUGUCAGAACAGCGAUGGUGUGCUGUUGGUGUCGAUGAGUGCCAUGUUGAACCACCUGAAGACCAGGAGACAACAGUUGGGGAAUGUCAGCACACUUCUACACCACCAAAUGUUAGACUUCAGCAAACGACUGGGGGAUAAAACUGUUAUAGGACAGCAGAGUUAAGAUGACCUGUAGUGUCUAUGUGGAUG